CUCUACUGCCAGCCAGCCAUGGGUCAGGAUUAUUACUCUAUACUCCAGAUCACUCGUAAUUCAGAGGAUGCCCAGAUCAAGAAGGCGUACCGGAAACUUGCUCUUAAGAACCACCCAUUGAAGUCCGCUGAGCCAUCCUCAGUCGAGAUAUUCAAGCAAAUAGCUGAGGCCUAUGAUGUGCUGAGUGACCCUGUGAAGAGAGCCAUCUAUGACAAGUUUGGAGAGGAGAGUCUGAAGGGCGGGAUUCCUCUGGAGUUUGGAUCCCAGACCCCAUGGACAACUGGUUAUGUCUUUCACGGCAACCCUGAAAAGGUUUUCCAUGAAUUCUUCGGAGGAGACAAUCCCUUUGAUGAAUUUUUUGAUGCAAAAGGAAAUGAGGUGGAUUUAAACUUUGGGGGGCUUCGGGGCCGAGGGGUCAAGAAACAGGACCCCCCAAUUGAACGAGACCUCUACCUGUCCCUGGAGGACUUAUUUUUUGGUUGCACCAAGAAAAUAAAAAUCUCCCGCAGGGUGAUGAACGAGGAUGGUUACUCCUCUACCAUCAAGGACAAGAUCCUCACAAUUGAUGUGAAGCCUGGUUGGAGGCAGGGCACAAGGAUCACCUUUGAGAAGGAAGGGGACCAGGGCCCCAACAUCAUCCCAGCUGACAUCAUCUUCAUUGUCAAGGAGAAGCUACACCCUCACUUCCGCAGGGAGAAUGACAACCUCUUUUUUGUGAAAUGCAUCCCCUUGGGCAAGGCUCUGACCUGCUGCACCGUGGAGGUGAGGACCCUAGAUGACCGUCUGCUCAACAUCCCCAUCAAUGACAUCAUCCAUCCCAAGUACUUCAAGAAGGUGCCAGGUGAGGGGAUGCCGUUGCCAGAGGACCCAACCAAGAAGGGGGACCUUUUUAUCUUCUUUGACAUCCAGUUCCCCACCCGCCUCACCCCCCAGAAGAAGCAGAUACUGCGCCAGGCACUGCUGACGUAACUGGUGGGCUCAGGGCUGGAGUGGGGGUGGGGGUGGGGGAGAAGGCUAGCUGGGCCUUACCCCACUCCUACCCCACACAGUGUCAGGUUGUUCAGGGGAGCCAUCCCAUUGCACGGAUGUGACAUGAGAAUGGGAUGGCCUGGGACUUUUAAACUGAAAUAAUAAAGAUUUAUUUCCUAUCCUCCAGCUACACCCAGGAGAGUGUGUUGGAGGGAGACGACCUUCAUAUAGUUCUUGUGGAGCAGAGGGUCCCUGUCCUAACUCUGGGCAUGGCCAGGUCCCUGAGGGUUCAGAGCUUCUGUGCUCCCACUUUAAUAGUGUGGGGCAGUUUUGUGUAGCCUGCGUCUCCAGCUCUGCCAUUUCUCAUGACACAUGAUCUUUAGAAGGGGCAGUCUCUACAGUGUGACAUGGCCACAUUAUACUCAGGAAAACAGAAAUACAGAGAACACUUGUGUCAAGUCAGACAAGGCUCAGUGGAAAUCUGUCAGAACCUUGAAGGCCAUUUCUCAGAACCGUCCCGCUUAGAGAGGCAGCACAAAGGACUGUGAUGAAAAUGGCUUUCUACCUUGCCAGUGUCCACUCCCUUGUCUGUGUAGUGGGUCCUGGGCUGCCUCUAGGCAGUGUGGUCUGGGAAGCAGACCUGAGUUCUGCUCCCAGCCCUGCCACUGACCUCUUGGAUGUUACUGCCUAUCUUGUCAGUAAAACAGAGCUCAUAAUCC